AUGGAAGUGAGCGAUAAAAGGGAAGAGGCCGUGAGGAGAAUCCUGAACGGCUUCAGUCCUCAAGACUAUAGUCUUCCGGAAGACUUCGUCCUGACGAAGCUCACCGGAAUGAAAGGUUGCGGGUGCAAGGUCCCCAGAGAGGUGUGUCACAUCCUCGUUUGAGGGCACCGAAAAGCAUAAUUGAAUUUUUGAGAUACUUCUCGAGUUGUUGAAGACGUUUGGCAGUGAGGUUGUUGUCGACAACGACGCCGUCGGUGAGCCCUUUUGAGGGGGGAAGUCUCAACGGAUGUGAGCUCAAGGGAUCGGACUGGACAGCUGUGUGGUGCCGCUCCGACACAAGGGUCUCAACCUCGUUCAGACUACCGAUUUCUUCUAUCCGCUCGUCGAUGAUCCGUACAUUAUGGUAGGUUCUGGGGGAACUGUUGGUCAAACUGAACGGGUCAGAGAAGCUUCUGGGGCUUUAAAAGUUUUCCGAUGAUCUAGUCAUAUUAUCGUAUAGCCCAGCUUGUCUUUUUGUUUCCCUCCGUGGGUAGUUAGGUAAUGGCAGCCUUUAAGUAAGGUCUUUCCAUGUACGUUUCUAAGCGAAGUCAAAAAACCGUCUUCAGCGAAAUAGUAGUUCAAACAUGUAUUUGAUCAGGUGGAAAACAGGAUAUUACGGUCCUAGUUGAUCUAGUUACGACUUGACGAGCUUAGACUGUAGUAGUUUUUUGUAUAGCCCAUUCUCUGUCAGCUUAUUAACCUUUUUUAUUCCCCCUGAGCUACAGAACUUUUCGCUUCGAUACGCGGGCUUGUCUCUGAACGUGCGCCUUUAAUUGAGCCCAAAACGAUUCCUUAUUUUAAAGGCGCAUGAACAGAGAUAGACUGCUCACAUUGAAGGGAAAGGUCCUGUAGCUGAGGAAAACAAAAUCGAGACAAGCUGCCACAGGAAAGGUUCUUAAAAAACUGACAAGGAUAUUAGUUUUAGUUUAAGAUUCGGAACUUUUCAAUAGUUGGCUAGAUUUUUUAUGGAUGCAUUGAACAAUGUUGAGAAAGAUACAAUGUAAUAGUUCCCAAUAAAGGGCUUUGAAAUCAGAAAACGACUUUUUAACUUCUUUUUUUUUGGGGGAGUUUGGAGCCCUUAUCUUGAGAGAAUGGUAACACUGUAAGUUGAAAUCUUCAGAAACUCAUUCUAGGACAUCAAGAAGCUUCUUAACGAAUUCCCGUAAAAAUUUGAAGUGACAUAAAAAUUUACCUUCCUUGUAAAAAUGAGCAGAACAAAAAACAGUAAAAUGCAGACGGAAACAGUUCAAUCCUUGAAAUAUCGAAGGAAGAAACGAACAAGAAAAUUGCUCUGAGAAUCUUCUUCGUCUGAGAACGGCAAACAUAUUGACUUUUUAUGGGCGGUUUUAUUAGAUUUUUUUCUCAAGAAAAAAGAAGAAUCCAAGAUUUUAUUCUAAUAGAAUACAGUAUUCAGAUCAUUUUCGAAUUUAUAAGAAGUUAGUUUUUAAAUUCACAAGUAAUUUUCUUAUACUUUUGAGAGAUGAAAUAGUUUUCAAUGUCUUCAUAACCCUUUCAGCAAAAGAAAACAGAUAUAAUUUUUAUGUUUUUUCAGUAAAAAAAGGGAAAUUAAAGUAUAAAGUCCAAACUUCACGCUGAGACGUUAGUUUUCCCCGUUUUCAGGGCAGAAUAACAUGCGCCAACGUCCUGAGCGACUUGUACGCGAUGGGCGUCGUCGACUGCGACAAUAUGCUCAUGUUACUGGGCGUCGCCGUGGAUUUAAACGAGAAAGAACGCGACACGAUCGUCAGCCAGUUCAUUCAGGGAUUCAAAGUGAGAGAAAUAGUUCCGUAGAGGUACCGAAAUGAGGUUCAUUAAUGGAGAAAUCGGAAAACUUCACUUCAAAAAACUAGAAACAUAAUUAACUUUUUAGAAAAUUGAGGCCAGAAUAAAUCUUGUCAACAAGGUGAAGACCUUGAAAGUCUUAACUUUCAAAACUUAUUAUUUUAUAGAAAAGUUUAACCUGAAUUCGAAAAGAAUGAAAAAGGAAUAUCAGCCCGAAAAUUGACCCCAAGGAACUGACAAGGAAGCUCAUUGUAGCGCCCGGACUAAACAUUUUCAAAAAACUGACUUUUGGUGUUGAUUGGUUGAUGUUGCUGAUAAAGCCUCGAAAAACUAAACCGGUGAAAUCUUUCAGGAAAAGCCAUGACAAGAUUAGGAUAUGGACGUUUUUUGAAGCUUUAAAGCGUAUUUUCUUGAAAAUCAGGCAAUUUUCCAGUUUGAGACUUCUAGGAUCAUAAAACCGCAAAGUUACAUUGUCAAAGACAAAAAUAAUAGAGAGAAAAACAACUAGAACGUGUAAUAAGUUGUCCUACUCUCGAAGUCAGUAGACCGGAACUCGAAAUUAGCCGGACUAAACAAGAAAAAAAAAGCGAAGAAACUUGAAGAAAAUAGUUUUUCUCAUAACUCCAGUAAAGUUUCAACAUGAUUAUUUUGAAGCUAGGGCAUAUUAGCUUGAAAAAAGACCAACUUUUUGGGAAAAAAUUCCGAUGACAAACGAUUAUUUCUGGCUUUCUUAUCACUAUGCCGUUUGAUAGAUAGUUUUUUUUUUCGAGUUCAAAGAAAUUAGAAUCUGGGAUAAUUGGCCAAUUUCCUAGUUAAUUUGCAACUUUUUGAAGAACUUUUUAAUGCUUCAGUGGCUCUUUUCUGUUUUCUGAAGUUGAGCGGCACUUUUAGUUCGAUUUCUUACUGACCACAUGCUUUUUUCACUGAAAAAGCCUUAAGGACCCACUUUUGGGCAGUUUGAAGUAUACUCGGACCUCGGUAACAAAAAACGGACGUGCUCCAGACUAGUGUUCUAAAAUUCGACCGUUCGACCAAUUAGACCGUUCAACUGAUAUGACCGUUCAGUUUUUCGAACGGUUAUAACAUGUCAUUUUUCUGACCGUUCGUUUGACCGACCAAUUUCUGAAAUUUACGAAACCGACCGACCAAUUUGGAAGUGACAUUUCGAACGUUCGAAAAAUGACCGACCAUUUUCAGAAAGACAUUUCGAACGGUCAAAAACCAACAUGUCACUCUGAAGUGACAUGUUGAAAUGUUGAAACACCAACCGUCGACCAAUGACCAUUUAUUAUGACAUGUUGAAAAAAUAUUGGUCGAACGGUCAAUUUUCGAAACUAUACUCCAGACAUUUCUGAGCAGUUCUAGAGUUCACUUAAGAGUACUGACGCUACUAAAGUGGCCACUAAAAUUGCCCCGACACGUCCGAUUCGCGUUAUCAAGGUCCUAGUACAGAUUGACGCGUCUGAACUCCAUUUUGACGCUUUUGAUGCAAACCCUGGAGAGACCACUUAAGAAUCGCAUGUUCAGGACGCGGCUGACUUGGCGGAAACGCAAGUCCGCGGCGGACAGACCGUCCGUUGUCCCUGGCUCCUGCUUGGAGGCGUCGCCACUUCGGUGGUUUCCAACGAGGAGUUGAUCCGAGUUGAUCGAGCUGAGCCCGGAGACGUCCUGGUCAUCACCAAACCCAUCGGCGGACAGGUUUUCAAGCCCAAAAGCUCCUUGUUUACGCCAUCCUUCAGGCGGUCGUAAACUCGUACGAAUGGCUGAAGAAAAAGGACACGAAAAUUGAGGAACUCGGCCUGGAACCUGCGAAAAUAGUCCGAGCGUUUCAGCAGACUUGCGAGCAAAUGGCGCGUCUCAAUAGGUUUCCCACUCUCUAUUUUGCUCCCUUAAUUUGACCUUCUUUCAAUUUGUUAGAAACGCGGCGAGGCUUCUCCACAAGUACAAGGCGCAUUCUUCGACGGACGUCACCGGGUUUGGAAUAUUGGGUGAAUAUGAAACAACUGCCUUUUUCAGUUUUCAGAGAAGAGCCAUUAUAGUUGUAGUUUUACCGGUAAGAAGGGGUAGUAUUGGAGUUUUAUUAAAAUUUACGAUAAAAAUUGUAAACCAGAGAGUGUUUUCAAAUUGCAUUUGUCAUCUACGUCCAACAAGUGUCUUCUUUGAAUCUUAGCUAAAAAAUUAAAUAUAGUUCGUUCGCCGCGACUUGACAGCUCCCAAGUGUCUGCGUUUCUCUGUUCUCUCACUGGCGAGGUCAGAGAAACAUGAAAAUAGCGCGUAAACAUGAGAGGGCCUCCGAGAGAUGAGGAGGGCGCAGAGAAGCUCGGUCUUUUCAACUCGUGAAGAACAGAUUACUUGAAUUGAAAACUCAAAUCUCGAUUCUAUCGAGCCAAUCAGACCGGUAAAAAUGAUUAGAAAUGAAAUAGCUUUUCUUUUAUUUUCGAAACUUGAAAAAUCCGACUUCUCUGCAUUUUCUCUUAUUUACGUGCUAUUUUCACGUUCCUCUGACCUCGAGCGGUGAGAGAACAGAGAGCGCAGACAGGUCAGACUUGAUCAAGUCGUGAGAUUUUUCCGGCUAUUUCAGCCUGAUGAUGAAAAAAAAAAUUGAAAAAGUCAAACAUUUGGCCGUUUAGUUGAGGGAAUUGAUGCUCUACGGACAAAUCCGAAGUUUUUUUAAGUUUCUUUUUUAAUUUUCGACGAAAAUCUUUGCUUUAUUUGUCUCAACUGGGCUGGUAGUAAUUUUUUUUGGUUAUAAAAUCCCCUCGGAAAAGUUAUCCAAUUUUUGUUUAUACUGAUUUUAGGCAGCCGGCCACAUUACGGUACUCAGAAUAAGUUUUUUUCGGUAAUAAAACUAGAACUUGUGUCCUUUUUGUGACGUAACCCAUCUUGUAACCUCGAGAAAUAGGAAUUACAAAAAGGAAAAAAAUAUUUUUUUAGAAAUACCUGAAAAUUCCGGCGCAAUAUUGACCUGCCGCCGGCCCUCGUAGCACAUGCGUGAUGUAUAAAUCCAUUAUUUUCAAAAUAUGUAUAAAAUAUGAUCCGCCACAAAUCAGCGAUGGGGGAUUUUUCCGCCUUUAAAAAUAAUAAAAAGCAGUAAAGUGUGAUUUCCAGGCCACGCUGACAAUCUGGCACGCGCCCAACAGAAUCGAGUAGACUUUGUGAUCGAAAAACUCCCGAUCAUCGAGUACGCCGAAGAAGUCGCCAAUAAGAUGAUUUCUGCCGGAGGCGAAGGCUUCCGACUCUUCAAAGGGACUUCAGCGGAAACCAGCGGCGGUCUGCUGAUCGCCCUGGCCCCGGAAAACGUCGAGGUCGGAUUUUUGAGCGAAUUCCAUCAAAUUUACACCUCAAAGAAGAUUAUGAAUAGGAAUAAAUAAAUAUUUCCAUCGAAAAUGUUAUUUUUUCAGGGUUUCAUCCGGGAAAUCGAAGAACUCGACGGCUUUCCUGCCUGGGUCGUCGGCAAAGUUGUGGCUCGUGAUGAAAGUUCUUCUGAAAUCCCCAACAAGGCUUACAUUUCUGAAGUAUUUACGACUGAAUGCGUAAAAUCCCGAAUUCAUCAAAACUGA